UCUUCGCGGGUACGGCGAACCGUCACCGCUCUUCACACACACACGUAUAAAAUAGUUUGCUUAUGUUCUUCAUUGUAAUCUCAGGUUACAACAAGCGCCAUAUAUACACACCUAGCACCGAAGCAUAAUUAUUCGAGACUCGUUAUACCCGGCAAUAUUGCUGCACCCGACGACCGAGUCGGUUCAUAAACCCUCGUAAGAUCGUCAAAUAACGUCCUACCUGAAUCGUUUCCAUCCCGUGCGGCAGGUGAUUUUCAAAUUUCAUAACCGAGUGUUCGAACGUCGAAUCGUUUCUCGUUUACGCAUUAUUCGUCAUCGAUUUUCUUUGUUCUUUCUCCCUUAUAUUCCGUCGAGCCACGUGAGUUUGGAUUUUGAAUGUUAUUCCGUGUUUGUGAUUGUGUUAAAAAUCCGAAAAUGGUUGUCUGAUUCUUUUUUAUGUCGUUAUUUUUUGCUUUUUUUCAUUUUUCCAGAUUACUCGAACGAAUUCAGAAUAAUCAACGUAUUCGAACAAGAAAGCGAUGCGUGGGCGAAUCUAGUAUUUCAAGUUCGACGAAUGUUUAAAAAUUGCUGUUCAAUUCUUCUCGCGGGUGAAAGUCCACUUGGCGAGUAAAAAUCGCGAGUCCUCAGUUGCCGGUACUCGGACUUGAACCUCGAACUCGACGCUUUGAUUAUAUCGAAAUGGACGACGAUUAAAAGCGGACAAAGCCGAUAGAAUCGAAGACGAGUUUUCAAAAUCUUCAAAUCCAGAGUGAUAUAUAAAAAAAUAUGGGAAUAUGAUAACAAAUUAACAAGGAGAGGAAAUAAAGAAAGAAAAAUGAUGACGAGGAGGGAUUUUUGGGAAGAGUGAUAUCGGUAUAGUACCGUGGCCGUUUCGCUGCAACGAUGGAGGUGACGUCGGCAACCGCGGGGGAAAAGAUACCCCUUAUAUUGGAGGGUAAAAUCUCGAGGACUAUAAGAAUAUCCUUCGCCCUCGGGCACGUUUUCAACGAUCUGGCGGCUGCCAUGUGGUUUUCAUACACGCUCCUUUAUCUGCAAAGGAUAAUUUUAUUCGAACCCGUAACAGCGGGAGCGAUGCUUUUACUGGGGCAAAUCGUGGACGCCCUGAUGACGCCGGUCUUCGGUAUCCUGGUCGAUCGUUACGGGAGUAAAAAAUCGUGGCACAUAUUCGGUUCGGUAUUGGUGGGCUUGAGCUUUCCGGCGAUAUUCGGAACAUUCGUCGGCACCGAUAAUCCCUACGCUACUUUCAUAUACAUCCUCAGCAUAUCCGUCUUUCAAACCGGAUGGGCAGCGGUUCAAAUAUCACAUUUGUCGAUGAUUCCGGCCCUCGCAAGAUCCCCACUGGCCAGGGCCGACCUGACCGCGAUACGCUACUCGGCUCAGGUCGGUGCCGCCGUUUUAGUUUUCGUCGUCACGUGGAUCAUCCUACCGACUCAAGGUGAGUCCGUUGUCCAGGUGACGAUGAACGACGCUGAUAAAUUUCGACACAUCGUGAUAAUCUGCACAGCCAUCGGGAUAACGGCCACCGCGUUAUUCCACAUAUUUCUGAAAGCUCGUCAUCUCAACGAGUCGAGUAUCUCGGUGAGCAGGAACAACAGCAGCAGCGAAAAGGAGAGCGACUCGGAGGUGCCUCUGCGACAGGACAGGAACAAUUCCUUUCCCUCAACGGAACGCGCGGCCAGAAGUGGACAUAACAAGUGGUCCGGAACGACCCUUCUGCUGAGGGUGGCUCUUCUCUACGUCGCUAGCAGGCUAUUCAUCACCCUCGCUAUGGUCUACCUUCCCCUUUACAUCGAAGAAUCGGCUGUCGGUGGAAAACAAGCGCUGGCCACCGUCCCUCUGGCCUCGUAUUUAGCCUCCUUCGUCGCAGCGUUGGCUCUGAAACACAUCAACAGGUCCUGCGGAACCAAGGUCUGUUACCUGUUGGGCGCAUUGAUCGGCAUACUGUCGUGUAUAAUAACCGAAUUCGCUGGUAAUAAUACGGGAGUCGUUUAUCUGGUAGCGAUUUUGAUAGGCGGCGGGAGUUCCAUUACCAUGGUAACGUCGCUGAGCGUAACCGCCGAACUGAUCGGACCGAGAACGGAGAGGAGCGCCCUGGUCUAUUCCGUUGUUACGUUUCUCGACAAAGUCGUCACCGGACUGGUCGUUAUACUCAUAGAAAAAUUAAGGUGUCUGGAUAAAGAACUUUGCCCCAGUUACUACAGAGAUACCUUAUCAGUUGUUUGCGCUUCAUCCAUGCUCCUGGGACUCCUCGCGCUUGCAUCGGUCGCCAGAUGCCUUACAUAAUCUAAUUUUAGUACAA